AGGCAGGCAGGCAGGCAGGCAGGCAGGCAGGCAGGCAGGCAGGCAAGCAGGCAGGGCAGUGAAGGGCAGGCAGGGCAGGGAGAGAAGUAAGUGUUCGUAUACCACAAGCCUGUGUUCCUCUCACUGCAUGUGUGAGCUGUACAAUACCCUUGAGGCUGGCACAGACAAAAACAGAGGGGAGAGAGAAAAAGAGAGAGAGAGAGAAAAAUAGAGAGAGGGAGGGAGACAGACAGAGGAGAGGGCAGGAAAUAGACCUUGAAGAGAAACAGAGAGUCUCUCUCUCUCACUCACUCACACACACACACACCCACACGGAGGACUGAGGGAGGACCGUACAUUCUCUCGGUCUCUACUCUACGCUCAGGACAAAGCAAACACGCCGGUUUGACUUUAGAGCCUCUCCUGUGACACCAGAGACACCGUCAACUGCUUCACGACAGGACAACGAGGGUGGAAAGCCUGGAUCAUUUUCAAACAAAGAGGACAAAGGAGGAUCGUGGACUGUAUUGAUAAACAUUUCAACAAGAAAAGAGGAGAAGGGUUACUAUAUUAUUAUAAUAUAUUAUUAUAUAUAUUACUAUAAAGAACUCUCCACAAGUGAAUUAUCACAUUAUAUUUAAGCCUUCUUCUCUGCGAGGACUUGGACCGGAGAACGGUUCCAGGAGUUAUUCUGAGCGUAGUAAAACAUUUUUUUUUUUUUUUUUUUUUGUGGCUGCCUGAGUGGCUGGCUGCUGUCUGAGUAAGUACAGCUCUCUGUCUCAGCCAGUUAGUCCUGCAGUCUCGGGGAGUCCUGCCGGCAGGGGACAGGGGGAGGGUAGGUAGGUGGAAGCUGCAGCGUGGAUCCCCAGUCCUAUGGGGAAGGAAGGGGUCCUCUUCCAACGUCAACAACAUGUCAACAAAAUGGGGUAGGAAACAUAGUGAUCGUGGAGAUUUUGGAAUGAAAACUUUGGUGUUUUAACGGUUUGUUCAAGAGUUUACACGGUUUAGAGGCGUUUUGUGUUCUGCCUUUGUGUUGUGCCUCGCUGGACAUUCGUGGCGGAUUGGGGACCAAGAAUUGAGUGAAAUACUUUCCUUGUAUAGUUGUUACACAACCCACCGACACCCCACCCCCCCCCCCCCUCCCAACCCACCGACACCCCACCCCCCCCUCAGUGUUCCCUUGCUUCCUCAACAACAUGGACAAUACCACCCUGAUCCCACUGGCCAUGUCGACAGACAACUUCACCCUGAUGAAAUACGGUCUUGGUGAGAUUAUCAGAUCAAGCAUCACUCCUUUGCCGCACCAACUCAACUCCUCCGUCUCCUCAGACAGUUCCAACUGCACCAAGAACGAUGGCUUUAAGUAUCCUCUCUACAGCACCGUGUUCAGCCUGGUGUUCAUUGUGGGGUUGAUCACUAACAUGGCAGCCAUGUAUAUAUUCACCUGUACUCUCAAGUUGAGGAACGAGACGACGACCUACAUGAUCAACCUAGUGGUGUCGGACCUUCUCUUCGUCUUCACACUGCCUCUCAGGGUCUUCUACUUCCUUAACCAGGACUGGCCGUUCGGCGGGAUACUCUGCAAGCUCUCCGUCUCAUUAUUUUAUACCAAUAUGUACGGGAGUAUUCUAUUCCUCACUUGUAUUAGUGUGGAUCGGUUCCUGGCCAUCGUUCACCCACUCAGGUCACGGGCGUUGAGAACAAAGAGGAACGCUAAGAUGGUGUGCGUGGCGGUCUGGGUUCUGGUGUUGGCAGGGAGUCUACCGACAGGGUUUAAACUGGAGACCACAUCGCCACACCACAACCACUCCACCGCGCGGUUCUGUUUCGAGAACUUCUCAUCCACUCAGUGGAAGUCCCACCUCUCCAAGGUGGUGAUCUUCAUCGAGACGGUGGGUUUCCUCAUCCCUUUGCUCCUCAACGUGGUAUGUUCCGUCAUGGUUCUCCAGACCCUGAGGAGACCCCAGACCAUCAGCCGUGGGGGGAAACUCAACAAAACCAAGAUCCUUCGAAUGAUCGUGGUUCAUCUCUUCAUUUUCUGCUUCUGUUUCAUCCCUUAUAACGUCAACCUAGUCUUCUAUGCCCUGGUUCGAACUGGGACGCUGAAGGGCUGCGCUUCAGAGACCGUGGUCCGAACUAUCUAUCCCAUCGCUCUCUGUAUUGCUGUGUCUAACUGCUGUUUUGACCCGAUCAUCUACUACUUUACCUCGGAGACCAUCCAGAACUCGAUCAAGAGGAAGUCCACGAUCAGCCAGGCGUACGACAUUAAGUUCUCUGAGGCACUGCAGAGUGAGACCAGCGCCAACUUCCACUGCAGCCUGAGGACACUGAAAGACAAGGUGUUUAACAACACAGAGUCUUCUGUGUGACACUGGGGGGGUGUGGAGGGACUGACUGGCUGGCUGGUUGACUGGUUAGCUUACUGGCUGACUGGAUGGCUGGUUGACUGGUUAGCUGACUGGCUGGUUGACUGGUUAGCUGACUGGCUGGCUGUAUGGCAGGCUUACUGGCUGACUGGAUGGCUGGUUGACUGGUUAACUGACUGGCUGGCUGGUUGACUGGUUAGCUUACUGGCUGACUGGAUGGCUGGUUGACUGGUUAGCUGACUGGCUGGUUGACUGGUUAGCUGACUGGCUGGCUGUAUGGCAGGCUUACUGGCUGACUGGAUGGCUGGUUGACUGGUUAGCUGACUGGCUGGUUGACUGGUUAGCUGACUGGCUGGCUGUAUGGCAGGCUUACUGGCUGACUGGAUGGCUGGUUGACUAGUUAGCUGACUGGCUGGUUGACUGGUUAGCUGACUGGCUGGCUGUAUGGCAGGCUUACUGGCUGACUGGAUGGCUGGUUGACUGGUUAGCUGACUGGCUGGUUGACUGGUUAGCUGACUGGCUGGCUGUAUGGCAGGCUUACUGGCUGACUGGAUGGCUGGUUGACUGGUUAGCUGACUGGCUGGUUGACUGGUUAGCUGACUGGCUGGCUGUAUGGCUGGCUUACUGGCUGACUGGAUGGCUGGUUGACUGGUUAGCUUACUGGCUGGUUGACUGGUUAGCUGACUGGCUGGCUGUAUGGCAGGCUUACUGGCUGACUGGAUGGCUGGUUGACUGGUUAACUGACUGGCUGGCUGAAUGGCAUGCUUACUGGCUGACUGGAUGGCUGGUUGACUGGUUAGCUGACUGGCUGGUUGACUGGUUAACUGACUGGUUAGCUGACUGGCUGGUUGACUGGUUAGCUGACUGGAUGGCUGGUUGACUGGUUAGCUGACUGGCUGGUUGACUGGUUAGCUGACUGGCUGGCUGGUUGACUGGUUAACUGACUGGCUGACUGGAUGGCUGGUUGACUGGCUGGUUGUCUGUCUGUCUGGCUCCACCAGACAAUAGGGAUGUGGAGACUGGCUGGCUGGUUGACUGGUUAACUGACUGGCUGGCUGGUUGACUGGUUAACUGACUGGCUGGCUGGUUGACUGGUUAACUGACUGGCUGGCUGGUUGACUGGUUAACUGACUGGCUGGCUGGUUGCUAGCAGCUGCACACAGGGUCUCUAAAUGGUUCUAUCUAUCUGUAGGUCUGGACUUAAGACUUGUGAAUUUAAUUGAUACAUGCAAAUACACAUACAGACAUUACACACGCAAUGGAUUAUCAUCAAACACAAUGGAUUAUCAGCAAGCCUCUGGGAGACGUUGGAGACAUUGGAAGGGGCUUGGAGGAGGAGGGCUGAGGCACCAGCAAGGAAAGAGGACAUACGUAUAGGAUUUCAGUGUUUAUCUCAGGGCUGCAACAUGGACCAAGCCCCUGUGACUGUCCAUGCUAUAUGUACCAGACAGUCUACAGUAUACAGGUUGUCUUAUUUGAUCUCCUGUUAGUUAAUAUGUUAAUUUAAUAUAACUAACUAACAUCCCCUUGUGGAAUUAGAACUGUUUUUGCACAAUAAUUGUGCCAGACAGAAGUUAUUAAACUUCAGAAAAAUAUGAAUUGGAAUGGAUUGUGAUCACUGGAGAGAGAGAACGAGAGAGCGAAAGAGAGAACGAGAGAGGGAGAGAGAACGAGAGAGGGAGAGUAUGAGAGAGAGAGAGAGAGAGAGAGAGAGAGAGAGAGAGAGAACGAGAGAGAGGGAGCGAGAGAACGAGAGAGAGUGAGAGAGAGAGAGAGAGGGAGGGAGAGAGGGAGCGAGAGAACGAGAGAGAGAGAGAGAGAGAGAGAGAGAGAGAGAGAGAGAGAGAGAGAGAGAGAGAGAGAGAGAGAGAGAGAGAGAGAACAAGACUGCUUACAGAGUGUAACAUGUAGCUACCAAUGAAUCUGUUUUCAUGGCAGCGAUAACUUUAUUACCAUGGCCUCGAUUUCAUUAAACUUGAGAAAUAUCAGGCUAUGGAUUUGCUUUGUUGUAUCUCAGUGAUGUUAGUUUUGAUAUUUUGUAUUGUGUAUAUAUCUGAAAACAGGUGGGUCUAAGAAGUGUUUGUGAGUAUACAGUAUACUGUGUGUGCCUGAGGAGAUUUUUAAAUCCUAAACUCAUAGUAGGCACUUUAUUGUAUAUCGUCCCGUACAAGACAAUGCACUGACACAGGAAUCGGUUGUUUUAUGUCACUAAU